AGGCAGCUCAGCACAGCACAGCUGCUGCUUCUUUCUUUCUUCUUCCCCUGCCUGCCUGCCUGCGACUUUGAUUGAUUCAGCUGCCCUCCCCUCCUCGUCGCCGCCGCCCUCCAUUCCCCAUUCCUUGUUCCUCCGCUGGCUGAUUCCUCCUGCGCCGCCGACUCUCCUCUCCUCUCCUCUCCUCUUGCUGCCCGGCUGCGCCCCGCCAGGGCCAGGGCCGCCGCCGACUCUCCUCUCCUCUCCUCUUGCUGCCCGGCUGCGCCCCGCCAGGGCCAGGGCCGCCGCCGCCGCCGCGCAGAUCCACCUCAUCUCUAUCUAUCAGGAGUGCGGAUACAGCUGCAACUGCAAGAUGAUGGCCCGGAACUCGGACGGCGAGCUGGAGGAGCAGUCCACCGAGGGGUACCAGGAGGCGGCGUUCGAGGCCUUCAUGUGCCCGCUCACCAAGCAGGUGAUGCAGGAUCCUGUCACCAUCGAGACCGGACAGACCUUCGAGCGUGAGGCCAUCCUCAAGUGGUUUCGCGAGUGCCGCGACAAUGGCCGCAGGCCCACCUGCCCGCUGACGCAGCGUGAGCUCCGCACCACCGACAUCAACCCCAGCAUUGCCCUCCGCAACGUGAUCGACGAGUGGAGGGCCAGGAACGACGAGAAGGACCUCGAGAAGGCGUGCAACUCGCUCCGCAUGCACCCCGAGGACGACGAGGAUGACACCCUGCGUGCCAUGGCGUACAUCUCGCAGAUAUGCCAGCGGAGCGGCGCCAAGAAGAACCUCGUGCGCGCCCAGGGCAUCAUAUCCACGCUCGCCGACUUGCUCAAGAGCAGCAGCAGGAGGGUCCGGCUCAAGUCCCUGCAGGUCCUCCGCACCGUCGUCGAGGACAAUGAUCAGAACAAGGAAGAGCUGGGGAAAGGCGACACGGUGCGCACCAUCAUAAAAUUCCUGUCGAACGAGCAUAUCCAGGAGAGGGAGCUUGCAGUUUCCCUGCUGUAUGAGCUGUCAGAGUAUGAGCCCGUGUGCGUAAGGAUCGGUGCCAUCUAUGGGGCCAUACUCCUGCUGGUUGGCAUGGGGAGCAGCAAGUCGGAGAACAUGAUGGCCGUGGAGAAAGCAGAGAAGACACUCAGAAAUCUGGAGAAGUAUGACACCAACAUCAAGCAAAUGGCUGAAAAUGGCAGGCUGCAGCCUCUCCUCACCAAACUGCUUCAAGGCGGGCCUGAGGUGCAGGUUACCAUGGUUGAGUACCUCGGCGAGCUCGCGUUGGCCAACGACGUCAAGGUGGUGGUGGCGGAGCAGGUUGGAACUCUUCUGGUGAGCAUCAUCAAGACCGGCGGCCUGCCGGCGAGGGAGGCGACGCUCAAGGCGAUGAGGGAGAUGUCAUCCAACGAGCUGAGCGCCAAGAUACUGCUGCAGGCCGGCAUCCUGCCACCGCUGGUCAAGGACCUCUUCUCCGUCGGCGCCAGCAGCCACUUCCCGAUGAGGCUCAAGGAGGUCUCCGCCACCAUCCUCGCCAACCUGGUCGCCUCCGGGGCCAGCUUCCGCUCCAUCCCGCUGGACGACGCCGGCACGCAGACGCUCCUGUCCGAGGACGUGGUGCACAGCCUGCUCCAUCUCAUCAGCAACACCGGCCCUGCCGUGGAGUGCAAGCUGCUCAACGUCCUGGUCGGCCUCACCAGCUCACCGGACACAGCCCAAGACGUGGUGUCGGCCAUCAAGAGCUCCGGCGCCACCAUCAGCCUGAUCCAGUUCCUGGAGGCAGCUCACCGGGAGAUCCGCGUCGAGUCCCUCAAGCUCCUGCGCAACGUGUCGCCGUACAUGGGCGCCGAGCUCGCGGAUGCACUCGGCGGCCACCUCAGCAGCUUGCUCCGGGUGAUAUCCGACGCCGGUGGUGGCGGCGUGACAGAGGAGCAGGCGGCAGCCGUGGGCCUGCUGGGCGACCUCCCGGAGAGGGACUCGAAGCUGACGCGGCAGCUGUUCGAGCUGGGAGCGUUCGGCACGCUGAGCACGAAGCUGGCAGAGCUGCGGCGGGGCGCCAUCCGCGGGAACCGGUACACGACGCCGCUGACGGAGGGCAUGGUGAAGGUGAUGUACAGGCUGACGUGCAUGCUGCAGGAGGCGCCCGAGUACGUGGAGUUCGCGCGGGAGGCCGCCCUGGCGCCCUUGUUUGUGGAGCUGGUGCAGGUGAACGGGCAGGACGCGGUGCAGCUCUACUCGGCGAUGGCGCUGGAGAAGCUGUCCUUGGAGACGAGGAACCUGACGGUCAUCCCUGACCCCCCGCCGCCAGCGCCUUCCGGCAGCAGCUUCCUGUGCGCGUGCUUCGGGGCGCCAUCGUCGACGGGUGCGGCUGCAGGUCGUCCGGUGGGGGUGUGCCGCGUGCACGGUGGGUUCUGCUCGCUGCGGGAGAGCUUCUGCCUGGCUGAAGGCGGGGCCGGCGGCAAGGCGGUGGAGCGGCUGGUGGCGUGCCUGGACCACCUGAACCCGGAGGUGGUGGAGGCGGCGCUGGCGGCACUGGCGACGCUGGUGGGGGACGGGGUGGAGGCUGCGGAGGGCGUGGGGGUGCUUGGGGAUGCCGACGGGCUGCGGCCGGUGGUGGACAUCCUGGUGGAGAACCGGACGGAGGCGCUGCGGCGGCGGGCGGUGUGGGUGGUGGAGCGCAUCCUGCGGGUGGAGGACAUCGCGCAGGAGGUGGCGGCGGACCAGACGGUGGCGUCGGCGCUGGUGGAGGCGUACCGCAACGGCGACCCUCGCACCCGGCACACCGCCGAGCGCGCCCUCCGGCACCUGGACAGGAUCCCCAACUUCUCCAGCGCGUUCCAUGCCCAAGCACGCCGGCCAUGA